GCAGCGCAGCGCAGAGCAGAGCAGAGUCCCCACCACACUCCGGCUGCCCCUGCCCCUGCCCGAGGAGGAAGAAGCAGUGCCGCGCUUCAGCUAGGCUGUGCUUCGACGGCAGGGGCAUGCACAUGGCGAGGCGCCGCUGCUGCUAGGCAGGCAGGGCAGGGAUCCGUCCGUCUUGCUGCAGCCGUACGACGACGACGACGAGCAGCGGAUCCGGCAGCGUCCUGCAGUUGCGGCAGGAGGACCGGAGGAGGAGGCAUGGAGCACUACACCAUGAGGCUCAGCGCGGGGGGAGGGGCCACGCCCACCCAGCAGCAGCAGCAGCAGCAGCAGCAGCUCUGCUCCUGGGCGGAGGCGGCGCCAGACCGGAGGUCGAGGUUCUGGCAGAUGGACAUGGCAGCGGCCCAGCCGGCCCGCAUCGAGGUCAUAUGCCCGCUGCCGCGCCGCCCCGACCGCCCUCCCUGCCCCGUCGACCCCUUCGGGAGGGCCGCCUCCAGGCCUAGCAACGGGUCGGUGCGGACGCUACCAGUGUAUAGAACAGACUCCGCCUCUGAUAUCCUUGAUCUCAUCCUCAGCAAGAAUGACCCCGAUGUUGAUAACGAUUCCAACGGCCAGGUGGGCUUUUUCAGUGGCUCGCCUCCCGUCCGCACUAACAACCCCAUUGUGAAUGAUCCGCAGUUUGGUAGGAACACCCCCUGUUUUUCUCCUCUAGGGAGCCCAUUCAGCAAGAUGCUCGGUGGAAGAGCUGAAGUAGGCUCUCCGUCUUGCGGGGCGAGUAGCAGCCCAAAAGUGAGGAUCGAAGGCUUUGCCUGCGGGAACAAAGAGACCCAUUGUGCAGUCACCUUUGCCUGAGCGCCAUUUUCACCAUACCACCAAUUCACCAUUGACCAUUAGCGCCAUUUUGCACCCCCACCCCAGCCUCCCAACAUGUAAAUUUUCCGCCCCCGAGAUACAGCUAGUCCCUUUAAUCCUAAGCUAAGCUAGCAGUACCUAUUCGAGUCGAGUUUAUUUAGUUGAGUUGAGUCGAGUUGAGUCGAGGUGAGUCCUCGUAGUCGCCCGUCUGGUUGUCGCUUUUGAAACUGCGCAAUCGCAGAGAGCUUUCGGUUAUGUACAUAGGCGAGGUCUCCAGUCCGCUGUGUCCUGUAUCUACACCUUUGUAAUGUGUGUGUGUCUUGUGUCUAGCAAGUGUCCCAGUCCAUGGGUGUGGUCAGUCUGUAAAUAUCCGUCUGUCCUGCAUUCAGAUGCAUAAUUAAGAAACUAUUAUAUUAUAUAUUAAAUCCUCUUUGUUCCUGUCGUA